AUGGCCCCAGAGGUGCCCACGAAUAGAGCUCUGCACCGCUGCGUUUCCCUCGCCCCAACGGAGACCAAACUCGAAUUGACACAGAGAGAAGAAACACCGUCAAGAUUAGCUCGACGAAAGGGAAAACGACGCGGUCGCGGAAGAACACGGGUUCAAGGAAAGACCGUCGAGGAAGGCUCAAAAAGGGUCGUUAGGAAACGGACUGGUCAGACAAUGGAGGAAGACACGCCUUCUAUGCAACAGAAGGCAUCAAUUCAAACAGCAGCCAAUUCUCAGAGCAUACAAGGAAAGACUGCCGAAGAAGUAUCGCGCCGUGUGUCAAGAGCUGCAAAACGUGCUCAGGUGAAAGUGUUCGUGGAAGAGACGUUAAAAAAAGGAGUGAAAGGUUUAAUUGCUGAAUUCAAGUCACUUAAACGGGUUAAUGAUUUCACGAAAAUGACUGAAUUUGUGGCACAAAACGCUGAGGGAAGGAACCGCUAUAAGGAUGUCGGCUGCCUCGACAACGAUCGUGUUAUUAUUCGAAUAGGCCCUGUCUCGUAUAUUCAUGCAAAUUACGUGUCAUCACCAACAAAUCCAAAACGUUUCAUAUGUACUCAGCUUCCAUUCCCAUUCGAAACUCGAAUUCAUAUACUUGUGCGGAGUUUGGAGGUGAGCGUGCCAGGUCAACCGCUGCACUCCUGCCAGCAUUACCAUUGGCAAGAUUGGCCUGAUCGUGGGGUGCCAGACGCUGAUCUGGCACCAAUUGUGUUGUUGUCGAGGCUUAAAGAUAAUACUGCUCCAAUUAUUGUUCAUUGUUCGGCUGGAAUUGGUCGCACUGGUUCUAUAGUGUUAAUUCAACAUGCCAUGGAAUUGUUACACAUGCCGGCACCGCUACUUGAAAUCUCCACGUAUCUUAUAGAACUUCGUAAACAACGAAACAACAGCAUACAAACUGAACACCAGUAUCUAUAUAUUCACCAAGUGCUGUUGUUGUAUUUAAAGAAGACCAAGUAUCUAGAUGAAAGUGUGACACCAUAUUUGGAAGCGUUCACGCGGGAUUACAUCAACGCCACGAAAGGCUUCUGA